AUGGAAGGAUUACUUGUCUGUACGAAAGAUAAUCAAUCGAUUGAUAUAUGGCAUUGUGUAAAUAAAACAUUGAUUGAACGAUAUUUAUUUGAUGUUCCUAUUGUAGAAUGUUCAACUAUCGAACGAUAUACGGGUGUAACCAUUCGAGUGACACUUGAAAAUGGUUUAACACAUUAUUUAAUUACUAGAGGUAAUCAAGGAAAAAUUUGUUUUCAACUUAUUGGAACAUUAACUCAAAAAUUGGCUGAUCGAAAUAUAUUUCUAAAUUUCAAUACUGAUGUUUAUUAUUGUGAGAAUCAGUCAUAUAUUUAUUUGUACCAUUUCGAACGUCCUGAAAAUGAUCGUCUUGAAAAAAUCGACAACUUACCUUUAUUAAAUAGUACGAUCAAUCGUCAAAGUUUCUUCUCCGAUCGACAUGAAAGUGCAUUGAUCUGGUUGGCUAUUGAUUCCGUUGUUGUUUUUCACUCUUGUGGUCAAUAUUUUCUUAUUCCUGGUGAAUAUCAUGAACUAUAUACGAAAUGUCAAUCAAAACGAAAUUUUAUUUGUUGUCUCAAUCGAAAUCAAUCAAGAAUUAAUAUCUACGAAUGGAAACUUCAUGAAUCUGUUCAUACAUACCGUUUACUUGCUAAUCUACAACUCGAUGAACAAAUUUUUCAUUGGGCAUGUCAGAUAGAUGCAGAAUGGGGUUUCAUUGUCUAUUGUACAUUAGCUAAUGGAGAACUACCCGAUGAUUAUUCUGUAUUGGCUAUGUGGGAUGCUGAGAAGAAAGCUAUGGAAUUGAUUUCCAUUUCGCUCAAUAAUAACAUUAAAAUAAGAAAAAUAUCUGCGCUGCAAAGUGUUUUGGUUUUUUACGAUAAUAAUCAACAAGUUUAUUGGUGGAAUAUUGAGCGUAAACAGAUCAUUCGUACUCUUCAUUAUGAUCCGUGCAAAACAAAUGCCACUUGUCGAACCCAUGAAGAGCAUACCGAUAAUAAUGAUAAAUAUUUUACAGAGGAUGGCAAAUAUCUAUUUGAAAUAUCUCAGAAAGAGUCUUUACUACUGAUGUAUUCUGUUGAUGAUAGUCAACUUUUGGAAAAACUUUUCAUUGAUAGUCUUUUGCCACAUAUUGAAGUUCUCAAAGAUCGUUUAAUUCUCUGCUCGAAUAAUGAACUUAUUUUAUUAUGCAUUAACGAAACAGAUUCAUCAUCAUGGAUACGGUAA